UCCACAACCCCACCCACCUCAGUCUCUCCCUGUUCCCAGCCUCCCUAACCCUGGGCAGCGCCCCCCCCCCAGUCUCUCCCUCUCCCCGGCCUCCCUAACCCUGGGCAGCGCCCCCCUCUGGAGACAACAUGAUGAUGAGCCUCCAGAAGGACCACGCCAUGGGCUCUGACCGGGACCUUCAGUCCUCCACCUCCUCCUCAGUCAGCCUGCCCUCCGUCAAGAAGGCCCCCAAGAAGAGACGUCUGUCCCUGGGGAACCUGUUCAGACGGCGCCGGGAGCCCAAGAGGAAGUCCAAGGAGCUCCGAGGAGGAGGAGGAGGAGGAGGAGGAGAUGCCAUCGCCAGCAUAGACAGCAUCCACUCAGACCUCAUGCUAAACGAUAAGAACUCUGCCUACUCAGUGGCAGGAGCUGCCUGCACCUCCUCCCUAGUGGCCUCAUCUUCCUCCUCCUCUUCUUCCUCCCGGGGUCCAGAGCUGCUGGAGUGCCCGCUGUGCCUUCUACGCCACUCCAGGGACAGUUUCCCAGACAUCAUGACCUGCCACCACCGCUCCUGUGCGGACUGCCUGCGCCAGUACUUGCGGAUAGAGAUCAGUGAGUCGCGCGUCAACAUCAGCUGUCCAGAGUGCUCCGAGCGGUUCAACCCCCACGACAUCCGCAUCAUCCUGGGAGACCAGCCCCUCAUGGAGAAGUAUGAGGAGUUCAUGUUGAGGCGAUGGCUGGUGGCUGACCCUGACUGCCGCUGGUGCCCCACCCCCGACUGCGGGUAUGCAGUCAUUGCCUUUGGCUGUGCCAGCUGUCCUAAGAUCACGUGUGGGCGUGAGGGGUGCGGCACAGAGUUCUGCUACCACUGUAAGCAGCUGUGGCACCCCAACCAGACGUGUGACGCCGCCCGGCAGCAGAGAGCCCAGAGCCUGAGGCUGCGUGCCUUCAGCUCCUCGUCUCUUAGCUACAGCCAGGAGAGUGGUGCUGCAGCUGAUGACAUCAAGCCGUGUCCGCGCUGCGCUGCUUACAUCAUCAAGAUGAACGACGGCAGCUGCAACCACAUGACCUGUGCUGUGUGCGGCUGUGAGUUCUGCUGGCUCUGCAUGAAGGAGAUCUCUGACCUGCACUACCUGAGCCCGUCAGGCUGCACCUUCUGGGGUAGGAAGCCGUGGAGCAGGAAGAAGAAGAUCCUGUGGCAGCUGGGCACGCUGGUGGGCGCUCCGGUGGGCAUCGCUCUGAUCGCUGGCAUCGCCAUCCCCGCCAUGAUCAUAGGCAUCCCUGUGUAUGUGGGGAGAAAGAUCCAUAACCGCUAUGAAGGGAAGGACAUCUCUCCUCACAGGAGGAACCUGGUGAUAGCAGGAGGAGUCACUCUGUCUGUCUUCAUGUCCCCCGUGGUGGCAGCCGUCUCUGUCGGCAUCGGUGUGCCCAUCAUGCUGGCGUACGUGUACGGCGUGGUGCCCAUCUCUCUGUGUCGCAGCGGGGGCUGUGGUGUCUCCGCCGGUAACGGGAAAGGAGUCCGCAUCGAGUUUGACGACGAGAACGAGAUGAACGUAAGGAGCGGGGCGCAAGCUACCG